AUGAAAAUUCGUCAGGAAAAAGACGAAGUUGGGUUUAUUACUAGAUUUGCUACUGGGGGAUACCCGGAAUUUUUUCAUUAUUCGUUCGGAGAAUAUUUCGCAGCGCUCUAUCUAGUCGAAUCAAAGAACACGUGUUCCGACAUACAAAACGUACUGUUUGAAGAGAAAUAUAACAACGUCCGAUUCUUUUUAGAUUUAAUUCUAUCGAGGAGCAGCAAAGCACACGUAGCAGUGCUUUAUCAAAACAAGCAACUCCUCCAAAAGUGUACUGACGAAGAACUACGUCGUAAGGAUGACGGUGGACGAAAUCCUCUGCAAGUUGCUUGUUCUUGGGGCACAAAAUUUGUAACACUAGGUUUGAAAAAGUCCGAACGAGGUUAUAAACUCGACGAUAAGAAGUCUUCCAAGUCCGUGAAAGCAGAAGAUCCUGAAUAUCUCAAAAUGAUAGACCACUUAACAGACAAAUGUAACCCCGAAGAGCUUGAUUGUUUGUUUAAUUUCGAUUCAUUUUCGUACGCUUUAAAAUCACACUGUUUGGUCGCACUAGCUCUUGUGCUAUUUAAAACCAAGAAGCAACUUUCAUACUCUUUGGAAAUCAACUACACGAUUUUGUAUUUGGCAGCAAGGUUCGACUACCCCUUUGUCUUCGACACGGUUGACCAAGUGCCUCCUUUGUACUCUGAAAAGUUUCGUGGUUCGCUUUUGUACGUCGUCGUUCACAAUGACAACACCAACAGUUUAAAGAAGAUUUUGCCUAAAAUGACGAAGAUUGUCAAAAACGGCGAAAACUCCUUGCACAAAGCUUGCGAGAAUGGAAAUGUCGAAAUUGUCAAGCUUUUGAUGGACCAUGAUAUCGAUCCAAGCACUCUAGACAAUUAUGGCAGGACUGCUCUGCACGUUUCUUGCACGUACGGAAAUCAUGAAAUCACCAGGUUGCUUCUAAAGCAAACAGCACUUUUAAACUUAAAAGACAAGCAUGGUCGAACGCCGCUACAUCAAGCUUGCAUUAAAGGUCGCGUUGAAAUUGUCAAGAUGUUGUUGGAGAACAACGUAAGCGUCGAACUACAGGAUAGUGCUGGCAAACUUCCUGUACACUAUGCUUGUGCUGAAGGUCAUUACGACAUCGUAGUAACUUUGGCAGACUUGGCCACAAAAGCAAUUUCUAGGUGUGGUAAAACACCUCUUCACUUCGCCAGCGAGAACGGCCAUAGUCAAAUCGUCGAACUCCUCACCAGUAUAGAGACCGAUGUCAACAAACCAGAUACCAAAGGUAAAACGCCCAUCCAUUAUGCUUGUGCUGGAGGUCACUACAAUGUCGUGCGACUUUUAAACAAAAAAGGUGCUAAUCUGGAGUGCGUAGAAGAAGACGGAAAACACCUUCUACAUUAUGUUUGUCAAAAGGGAGACUACGAUUCGUUGAAAUUUCUCCUCGACAAAGUACAACACGUUUUACGUUUGGAUAGAAAUGGCAAAGCACCCAUCCAUUACGCUUGCGCUGGAGGUUUCUUGAACUUGGUUACAGAACUCCUGGGUUUUGACUUAAACGUAGAUCUUCCAGACGGAAAGGGUUCGACACCGAUAGAUUACGCCUAUCAAGGCAAACACUACGACGUAGUGAAACUUCUGAUUGACCGUGGGGCGAAUUUGAUGUUACCAGGAACGAAAUUUUUGGUUCAUCGAGUGUGUGAAGGUGGAGAUGUGGAAAUUCUCAAACACGUCAUCAACAAACACAUUGACUUUACAAUUAAGUCGGCUGAUGGGAAAACUCCAGUACAUUACGCUAGUCUAAAUGGACGUCUGGAAAUACUAAAACUGUUGUUCGACCACGGCGCAGAAAUCGAAGAUGAAGACGCUGAUGGUAAAACACCCAUGCACUACGCCUGCGAAAAUGGUCACUAUGAAGUCGUCGAAUUUUUGCUUGAGAAAGUACAAGAGAGAAACCCGAAAGACAAAAACGGUGAGGUGCCACUACAUCACGCUUAUAACAGUGGAGUUGGCAAAAUCCUAGAGUUGUUGGUUGAAAAUGGAGUUGAUGUUGAAGUUCCAGACAGGAGUGGUAAAAUGAUCGUGCAUAGAGCUUGUAUGGAUAGACGAAUUGACGUUCUGGAGCUGCUAAUUGACAACGAAGCUGAUUUGGACAUCACCGACGAAUAUGACGAAACGCCGCUUCAUCAUGCAUGUGCUGCAGGGGAUCGUCCAAUAGUGAAGAUGUUGCUGGAUAAUAACGUCGAUAUUCGGAAGAACCAGUAUAAUGAACUUCCUAUAGACAUAGCUCGUAAGAACAACCAUCAUGUUAUUGUGAAUUUGUUGGAAGAUUUAUGUAAUUAG